GAACUUUGUCUCAAUCACUUGGCCAAUAUUUCCACAUUACUUGACUAUACUGUCCUUAAAAGUUCCAUAUGGCCGCGGAUGAAAAAGCUAUUUCGCUCUACUGAUGUUAAUUCCGUGCGUAUGGCCUGUCUUACUUGUCUUGGCAAGCUAAUGGAGAACAUGGACAAGUGGUUUGUUAUCGACGAAGUUCUCCCUUUUAUUGCGGAGAUUCGCAACCGGGAGCCUGCUAUUCUUGUAUGCAUCUAUGGUAAGCGUUCCAAGCUCAUAGAUUCAGCUUUAUGA